AAUUCUAUACAAUUUUCUAGUUUUUAAAAAGUACUUGUAAUUUUAUUCUCUGCUUAUAUAAUGAGUGCAUCAGGUUCACUACCACGUUCGCAUGCCAGCUCACAUUCACAGGUUGCCGAGAGUUCAGAGCACCAAUCGGAUGCUAAUGAUAAUAAAAGAGCAGAAUUACAUAAUUGCGACGUAGACACAGAAAGUGUUCCUCAGAGUGCUGAAGAUAAUUCUUCUAUUGUUCUUACUGGUAGUCAACAACGUUAUUUGGAGUGUGAAGUGCGACGUCGGCUUGCUGUCAUUUUGCAACAACCACUACGUGAUAACGAAGGUGGUGAAAGGUCUGCACCCGAAGGCCAACAGAAAGGCCGGGAAAUGGAGAAUGUUCCAAAUCGCUCAGAUAAUCAGGAACUUAUUUUUCCACAAGAUCAGCAAAACUAUUAUGAACAACAAGGCAGCCAGGAUCCAACAAGUAAUCAGGGUCAAAAUAAUUCUCAAAACCUUGAGUUUACUCAAGAACGGGAAAAUGACAGAAUUUGGUCAAAUGAUCAAAAAGAAAAUAGUUUCCAGGUCUGUGCAAUUUGUCAACUGCCGAUGAAUGCCCAAGGUGAAAGAGCACAAACUAGAAACCAACAAAAUAAUAUGGAAGGUAUCUCCGAUCCAUCAUCUGACGAAGGCAUAUCGAGGCGUGAGCGUAGGUCUAGACACCUCCGUAGGGAAAGAAUAGAAAACCAUACUCCAUAUCAUAGACUGAAUAUUGAACGUAUCAGAAGCAUGGCAACCAACAUACGCCAAGGGCUGGCUGAAAUAACUGGCGCAAAUCGAAUACUACGGAAUGAUUUGCUGGAAUUUUAUCGUAUUUUAGAAAGUCGUAGAGAUCAGGCUACUCGUAAUGUCGAAGAACAAGUGGAGUUGAGUGAACCAAAUUCUAUUGCAAUUAAUAACAAUUCAAAUACUGACACCCAAGACUGAAUGAUGCAACAAUUUUAACAUUUGAUUACUUAUUACAAUUACUUAUUCCUUGAGUGAUGACUUAAGUGAUGACUUUGAUGAUGAAUUUUUGAGAAUAAAUUUAAUUUUAUGUUGAGUGCUGUAUUUAAAAAUAGUAUCCUUAUAUGUUCUGCUUACUGUUCUACUUACCUACUUCUCAUAUUAACUGUAACUCAAUGAUAUCUGACUUUAAUCUGGUAUCUAGCAUGCGAAAUUGAAAUGUAGCGAACUCAUAAAAAUGAAAAAUAAAAUCUCGAAUAAAUUUGAGAGCACAAAGUAAAUCUAAGAAACACUAAAAAAACAGUUUACACGCCUGAAUGCCAUGUAACGUUGUUAAACGAUAAUACGUCGAAAUUGUAAAAGCCACAAAUCCUAACGACAAAUUGCAUAUUUUGAAACGGAUGCGGAUACAUUUUUAACAACAGCGUUUAGAGGAUGUGUGGCAAGUAAGUUCGAUGGGAAGUCAACUUGAGGCUUGAGUUUCCAGUAGGUGCUAAACUUCAUCUACGCUGACUAUGAAAAAUAAAAUUA